AUGUUCAUCAUCGACCUGAAUCUCAAGCCCACCGACCUACGGGAUCCAGGCACCAUUAUUCCCCUGCCCACCUAUCAUCAAGCUGAAGGGAAAGCAACUGUGUGCUGCUGCAAGCAUGUCCACGUGGUGAAAGCCGGAAUCGUGUUGUCGUUGCAACAAAUUUGUGGACUUGCACGGAGCAAGUUCAACGCCAAGCCCCCGACACGGCCCCUUGCGGCUGGUCGGCCAGGGACGGCUUCGCUUCGAGUCAAACAAGCACAGGUUUUUGGUUCACCAUGCAGCUGGCGCGAGGUUUAUUUUUACCAUCGCACAGCGACAGAUUUGGGGUCCCUGUGGGUGAAAACCAUCAAAGCGCCGUCUCCAACGCUCAUUGACAUGGGCCUUGAUCCACCCAAGGCUGAGAACCCAACCCCUCGCAUGCAUGCUGGCCCCUACUGGGUUGACGAUAUCGCGAAUCCUGCAACGGUCGAGAAACAACGCACCGAAAGGCUAGGUGCUUUUCAGUGUCCAUAUCAUCCUUGGGCUGGUCAGCUUGCUUUACCACUAGCUUGCUGCUCGUUGGUUGAUCAAGCUGCAGCGCUUGCAGGGUUAUACCUCGCAUGGGUCAUAUCAGUCACCGCUCAGGAAUACGGAUACUCCCAAGCAGCAUCCAUCGACUCAUCCUGCAACCCGCCCCCCACCAAAGCCGGCGGUGCCUUGUCCUGUCAGGGUUUCCACGAGACGAGACGAGCUGUAAUCGGUCGCAAACUGGCAAAGCGGAGAAUUGUGUUGGCGCCGUUUGAACCGAGACCAGAGCUCCGCGCACAGCGAAACUCAACACCCACGACCAUCCAGUGCCAGGCUCGAUUUACAGCCAGCUGGGGAACCCUAGAGAAUUAG